CAUUCUACAAGUGCUUUGCCCUAGCUAACGUUACAACCGUUGACUUAUGGCAUUGAGAUGACCUUGACACCUGACCCCCAGCUUCGACAAGAUGGCGGCGUACGGGCGGUACCAUACGGCGGUAGUACGGGGCAUUCCCAAGUCCGUGCGGUACCAGGCGUUGACCCAGGCCGAGCAGAAGGACUACGUAGACGUGGAGAAGGCCCGACAGGAGCACGAGGUGUACGUACAGACGCUGCGGGACCUCGGGCUGAGGAUAGUGGAGAUCCCAGCCGACGAGGAGCACCCUGACUGCCCGUUUGUGGAGGACUGCGCCGUGGUGUGUAAUGGUACCGCUCUGGUGACACGGCCGGGACAUCCCAGCAGGAGGGGAGAGGUCCAUGCCGUGAAGAAGGUUCUAGAGGAUGACCUUGGGCUGGAGGUGGUGCACAUGGUGGAGGACGAGGCCACUAUGGACGGAGGGGACGUCCUCUUCACAGGGAAGGAAUUCUUCGUCGGUUUGAGUAACCGCACGAACGAGGCCGGGGCGCGCAUCCUGGCGGAGACGUUUCCCGACUACAGUGUAACUACCAUCCCGGUCGCCAGGGGGCUCCACCUGAAGUGCUUCUGCACCAUGGCGGCGCCUGACGUCAUGGCGGUGGGGGAGGGACCGGAGGCGCAGAAGGCGUGGCAGGAGAUCCGGGAGCGUGGCGAACACAAGUACUCCCUGCUGAAUAUCCCGGAUGACGGGGCCGCCAACUGUAUGUUCGUGAAUGGGACCAUGAUUCACGCAGCCGCAGAGCAGUUUCCAAAGAGUGCAAAGACGUUCACGGCAGCUCACCUGAAGUACCCCCGGGUCCAGGUAUCGAACAAGGAGCUGGCCAAGGUGGACGGAUCUCUCACCUGCUGCUCCCUGCUCAUCUAAGAA